CUGUUACAUACCUAUAUGAAUUAUAUAUUUUAUUUUGUGGUUACACUGUCUGAAACUGAUACUGUGAUAUCUUGAUUAUUAAAGAUAAUUUUAUUAGAUAAUAAUAAUUCAAGACUCAAGUACUAAAUCAUAAGUUACAAUUUAUAAUUGAGUUAUUAACACUUGCUAUGAAACAUUUAAAAUUCAUUUCGAGGACUGUGUUGGUACGUAAUGAAAAUGUGGACGAAGCUUGCCGUAUAUUGAACCGAAUAAUGGGUUCUGAAGGUUUCUUGGAUCAGUACAGAAGAACAAUGUUUUAUGAAAAGCCCACGCAAAUGAGAAGGAUUAACUAUGAGAAAUGUAAAGCUAUUUACGAUGAAGACAUGAAGCGGAAGAUUAAUUUUGUUCUACGCAAAAACCGACCAGAGCCAUUUCCUGGAUGUUAUUAAUCAAGUUAAGCUUAAAUUAUUUUUAAAAUAUUUUAACAUACAAUGUUGUUUGCAUAAAUAUUGUAAUAUUAUAGUAUCAUAUACUAUUAUACUCAUAAUAUUUUGUAAAUUUUAAAUUCAAUAUACUAGAUAAUUAUUUUGAUUGA